CCCUUCUGUAUUCAAGCUGUCACCCUUCUCUCUCUCUCUCUCUCUCUCCUCUCUCUCUCCUCUUCUUCUCUUCACCAAUCCCAAAACCCAUUUCACUCUUCAAUCCAAUGUUCUAACACAACAAACACACAUCAUCAAUAUCAUCAUCAUAACCUUAAAACUCUCAAAAACAUGUUUCAAUUUCUUCUCCUCUUCGUUCUCUCAAUCUCAACCAUUUCUGCAUCAAAAAAUGCAACCUCUAUCUACGAGGUUCUCCACAACCACGGUCUUCCCAUGGGUAUUUUCCCCAAGGGUGUCACCCAAUUCAACGUUGGUGAAGAUGGGAAAUUCUGGGUGCAUUUAGAUCAAGCUUGUAAUGCUAAAUUCGAGAACGAGUUGCAUUAUGAUCGAAACGUAUCUGGGUCGUUGAGUUACGGGAAGAUUGAUGGGUUGAAUGGGUUGGAAGCUCAGGAUCUUUUUCUUUGGUUGGCUGUUAAGAGUAUUCGUGUUGAUGUUCCUAGCUCCGGUUUGAUUUACUUUGAUGUUGGGGCUGCUUAUAAACAAUUCUCGUUGUCUUUGUUUGAAACUCCACCUGAAUGUGUCGCUGUUCGUGAUGAUUCCGAGGGUCGACUAGGAAGGCUCCGCUAUAAGCUUGAUCGAGAAGCUUCAGGAAGAGAUGUUCUAUAGACCGAGCAGGGAAGGGUGAAUGAAGUUUUUGUGUAGCAAAAUUGUCAUGGAUGUAUUCAUUCGGAGAGGUUAUAAAUUUAUAGGUCCAACGAAUUCGGUCCUACUGUCGUCGUCGUUUGUGUUAUCUCGCCGUAUAGUGCAGAAUUUAGUGUAGUAGAGGGAGCCAAUGUGUAUGGGAAAGGGAAGCAACAAAGAUGAAUUUCAAGAAUCUGUUUCACAAUGAUAAGAUGGGCUAGAAUGGAUUCAGGUGACAAGUCUGCAAAGAUUUUGUUGUAUGGGAUUGUAUUAUAAGAAUGUAUUGGGGGUAUGUUAUUGAGUUGUAUCAAAGUUGUUAUAUCAGUUUAUAUUAGACAGAGGAAUCAUAUGCACUUUUGAUUUGAAAA